CCAUACUCAAACUCAGCUCUCUGUGUGUUUGAAGGGAGUAAAAGACACAAGUAAAAGAUACAUUACAAUAAAUAUGAUAAAUAGUGGUGACAGCUGACUGAAAGUGGAACAACGAUGACUGAGGUUUAAAGGAACCAGACAGAUAUUACUGCACAGUGUGAGACGUGGGGUGUGAGGACGCUCCCUUCAAACACACGAGAGCUGAGUUUGAGUUGUGUCUGCACUACCAGGUUGAAUUAAUUAACAGUAUGAGGACUGGAAUCCAAAUACUCGCUUUCAUCUUUAUUAAAACAAUUGUUGCUGUAUCAUGCUUUAAUAUCGACACUGCCGAAGUUCUGAGCUUCAAGAAGAAUGAGAAGUCUCAUUUUGGCCUAAAGGUGAAGCAGUAUAGCGCUGGAUCGGAAAGGGGAGUGUACGUGACCUCGCCUCUAGAAGAGACUGAAGGUAGAAAAGCUGGAGGAGUUUUUAAAUGUCCCAUCGAUUUCAAUAACAAAAUCAAAUGCACACAGAUCGAUCUAGAUCCAGGAGAGGGCCAGCUGCCUGGAACAGCCUACCCAAUCGUAACUCUUGCUCAAAAUAUGGACACUAUGGUGGCCUGCCAGCAACGAAAGGGACGACAACACAGAAGCACAACAGAAGAACUAAAUGGCGUAUGUUUCCUGUUCGAAAAAGGCAGUCACACACAGACAUUCACCAAUAUUACAAAAAAUGCACAAAUGUCUUUGCUGGAGAAGAAUACAAAUAACAAUAAUAAUGUUGGAAGAGUUGAGCCUUUAAUAAAUGAUAUAAUCUAUGCAAAAUCCCCAAAAAGUGCCCUGGGAAACGCAAACAAUAACAACAAUAACAACAAUUUGCAAGACGAUGGCGACACAGGUACUGAGAUUGCAAUAGUUCUAGAUGGAUCUGGGAGCAUAUCAAAAGAAGAUUUCCAAAAGGCAAAGGAUUUUAUUUCUAACAUGAUUACAAUGUUCUGGGAGAAGUGUUUGGAGUGUCAAUUUGCUGUUGUACAGUAUGGUGAUAUCAUCCAAACAGAGUUUGACAUUCAGGAAAGUCGGAACGGAAGGUCCAUUUUACAAAAGGUUAAAGAUAUACAGCAAGUGGGAAAUGUAACCAAAACAGCCUCUGCCUUAUUGCAUGUCCUAGAUUCAAUUUUCACUGAAGAACAUGGAUCCGUUGAGACAGCCACCAAGAUAAUACUGGUUUUGACAGAUGGAGAUAUAUUCUGGGAUCCUGUAGAUAUAAAUGAUGUUAUGAAUAAACCACAGAUGACAAAUAUUGAACGCUUUGUGAUUGGGGUUGGAGAGGCAUUUGAGAAAGAUAAGGCUUUAAAAACACUGAAAACAAUAGCCUCACAGGGAGAAGAACAUCUCUUAACAGUUGAUGACUAUUCCAAACUGCAAGGACUUCUUACCUCUUUGCAGCAAAAAAUUAUUGGGAUAGAAGGAACCAAAGGAGAUGCCCUUGAAUUUGAACUCGCGGAGGCUGGAUUUUCUGCUCAUUUGAAGACCAAAGAAUCUAUGAUCCUUGGUGCAGUUGGUGCUUUUGAUUGGUCGGGUGGAUUGAUGCUUUAUCAGAUCAACGCCCAGCCCCACAAGAUCAUAUUUCUCAAUGAAACCAAGGAGAAAGCAUCAGAAGCAAGCUACAGUUACCUGGGGUACAGCGUUACAACGGCAGAAAGGAAACACACAUCCCUUUAUAUCUCUGGUGCCCCUCGGCAUUCCAAUGUUGGGAAAGUCCUCAUUUUUGAAAAGGAUAUAAGAACCUAUCGGCUUUCUCAAGAGCUUAAAGGAGAGCAGAUUGGAUCCUACUUUGGUUCUGAGCUGUGCUCUGUGGACAUAGACUUUGAUAAUUACACUGAUUUGCUCAUGGUGGGAGCACCUUUUUACCAUAUCAAGGGAGAAGAAGGAAGAGUCUAUGUUUAUAGACUUAACGAUGAGGGUCAUCACAAGCUUUUUGACACACUAGAGCAACCGCAGUAUCCAUUUGCAAGGUUUGGCUAUUCCAUAGCUAAUAUUGGUGAUAUCAGUGGAGAUGGAUACAAAGACAUUGCCAUUGGGGCUCCUCUUGAAGGUCAUUUGGAAAACCCAGACUCUUUUGGGAGUGUUUAUAUUUACAAUGGAGAAAGCAACGGUAUCCGUACCACCCCUUCCCAGAGAAUAAGGGCAAGCACUAUAAAGAAAGCACCCCGAUACUGUCCAUACUUUGGCCUGUCCAUUGACGGAGGGUUGGAUCUCACCAAUGAUGAAUAUCCUGAUAUAGCAGUGGGGUCCCUGGGGAGUCUUAUCAUUUUAAGGUCUCGUCUAGUUGUUCAAUUGAAGGCCAGUGUGGAUUUGACACCUAAAAUAAUUCCUGUUAUAAAUACCAAUACAAGCCUAACUGCAAGACUGUGCUUUACUAUAACACCAUUUAAACAAAAAGAAUUUGUAAAAUCCCAUCUUUAUUAUGCCGUGGACUUGGAUGUCGAAAUGAAACAGAAACGUAUUGAGUUCAGGAAAGGUGAUUCUGGAAAAGGAAAACUCUUCCUUGUAAAUGACAAUUGCUCAGACCACGUGUUAACUGUACUGCCAUGCACCGAUUGCUUUACCAGUAUUAAAAUUAAGGUUUCCUAUACCCUGGAUUCCGACUUAAAUAGGGAUCUUCCAGCACCAAUACUGGAUGUGUACGACCAUGCCCACAAUCACACGUAUUUUGAGAUACCCUAUGAAAAGGACUGCAAUAAUAAGCCUGUCUGCAUUCCUAAUUUGAAACUGACCACAAAACUUUCUGGGAAUGAGCUGAUCGUGGGCUACACAAGAGAUCUGAUUAUGACUUUCUCCCUUGUGAAUUUUGGAGAUGGUUCAUACCUGACAACAAUGAUGGUGACAUUCCCCAAAACCCUUCAAUUCAAAAUGGUAAAAACGCCAGUGUUUCCUGUCAUCAAGUGCUCUCCUCCGGAAAUGCUUCCCCCAUUAUGCUCAGUGAUGAGCUGCAGCAUAGGAUAUCCUGUGUUCAACAAGUCUUCAGCAGAAUUUUCAAUCAUCUGGCAACUAGAGGAAGUCAGGUUUCCUACAAAAAAUGCAGUCAUUUCUCUGAAUGUUAGCAACAUUAAUGAUGGCUCCAAACCUUUGAAUGUGCAAAGGGACCUUCUAGUAAAGCAUUCCUUCACUGCUAUCGUCACAGGGCCCAAAACAGGAAUUUUUGUGAAUGUAAGUGAAGAGUCAGCUCAGAGUGUGGACAUUCAGUACACCUUUCAUGUAAAUGGAGAAAAUCAGUUUCAUGUGCCACUGACUCUGGAUCUGCAGAUGCCGGUUAAAAUAAAAGGUUUCAAUAUUGGGACUCUUAAAGCCAUCCAGAAGACCCAGAACCCAACUCAAUGUAAAAAUGAAACCAAGCCCUGCAGAUCAGAACUUCCGAUUGCAACUGCAAAAAAGAGCCUUGAGCCAUGCAUGUGUGUCAAUAUCCAGUGCAAAAUGACUGAUGAUCGAGAAGACAUAACUGUCACAGCUGAGCUGUCCUUGCCGGAAUUGAACAAGCUGAUACAAGACACACAAGAGCUGAUCGUUACUGGUGAAAUUUUGUAUGACGAUUCAUUAUAUAGGAAUCUAAAGGAUGGAUAUCACAAGGCCAAGAUACCCAUCACCCUUCUAAAACUUGAGAUCAUUAACACUUUACCAGUCAUCAUUGGGAGCACCAUAGGUGGAAUUCUACUUUUACUAUUAAUCAUUGUGAUUCUUGUCAAGUGCGGAUUCUUUAAACGGAAGUACAAGACGGCAGAACAGGAUGAAUAAGCUGAUGGUGCCACCUACGGAGAAGACAAGAUUUAGUACUGAAGCAAAUGCACAGAGUUCCAUGAGCCCAGGCUACAAAGGAUGCUGAUUUGUGAAAAUGAGUGCAGCAAACUCACUUAUACAUACAAUGGAAACGGAAGAUAAGCUGGGAACUUGGCUACUGGGUGGGACUGGCAUCAUAAACCUGUAGUUGACGCACAGUAACCAUUUACAAGAUGAGAUCUUAUAAUGUCCAACAAAACCUAUUUUUGUUAUUCUUUACAUGAGAGUUUUAUAUCUGUUUAUGUGUUUUUACUAUUAGUUUAGGAAAUGCUAUAUUACUUUGACACGGUUAAGUAAAAAGUCAUCUACAUAUUCCAGUUGAACACUGGUUAGAAAACCAUGAUAAAAUGCUUGUCCAGACUUAUCAAAUAAUGAUGACUGAACAAAUGUUCUCUCAGACGUGGAUGUACCUUUAUUUUCUGUCACUGUAAUUCCCUUUUCUAUUACUACAUAUUUAAAUGGUUUAUAGCUAGCAAUUACAUCCUUAGUGAAUUCCACUUCUUCACUAGCAAUAGGUGGGGCAGAGUGGAGGUUUGUGGUUCUCCCUUGGUUAGUCAGUUCCCACUCCAAAUACAGAGAUAAAGAAAAGGUGCAAUGGAAAGGUUUCCAAUGGAACUCAAACUCUGUUGUAUUCCUGUAGCGGCCAGAUAACUUCUAGUUACCACAUUGACCACACUGCUACUUUAUAAUACAGUCAACUUGAAUUCAUUUUAAUUCUCUGUGUGGAAAGACUGAUACAUUUUACAGGCAUUUAACCCUAAUUUAUUUGACCCCAUACAAUUGUACAGGUAUGGGAUUUGUUAUCCAGAAAGCUCUGAAUUGCGGGAUAGACUCCAUUUUAAUCAAAUUAUUCACGUUUUUAAAAAUUAUUUUAGUUUUUCACUGUAGUAAUAAAACAGUACCUUGUACUUAUCCGGAAAACCCCAGGUCCCAAGCAUUCUGGAAAACAGGUCCCACACCUGUAUAAAAAAACAGCUUUCUGGCCAUUUUUUCAUUGUACAGAUGUUUUGUUUAAAAGUUUAUUGAAUAAUGUCUUUAAGAUAAAAUAUAAAUUAAUGGUAUCUUUGUUUUAAGGCUUUAUUUAUGCAGUUUUAGGAUAUAUAUGGGUGGUUUUAGUUUUCUUUAAAAUAAAAAACCUUUACCACAA